GGAACGCCGGCUAGCCGCCAGUUGCAAUCUGAUUUAGCGCAAGUGUGAACUUGAGAAUAAUAAUAACAAAGAGAAUAAAAGCGUCUAGUCAAAACAAAAUGUCGAUCAUUCCGCAUUUUAACAACUGGGAACGGCCUCUUCGUAGGAUGGAGAGGGAUAUCUUCAGAGCGGAUCCUUACAUCGACUUCCCCUACGGAUCAAUGGUCCCACGGACCUUCUUUAACCCCGAAUUCUUCUUUAAACCCUGGAACAAUAUGCUGCAACCGUUUGAACAGCUGAUGAAGCCCCUGGAGCAGUUAUCCUCAGCCAUGAAUCAAUUGGCACUGUGCGACGGCUCGAUAACUUCGGACAACGAGAAAUUCCAAAUCAAUGUGGAUGUGCAGCAUUUCAAACCCGAGGAAAUACGCGUCAAAGUGAUCAACAAACAUGUUAUUGUGGAAGGUAAACACGAGGAGAAGCAGGAUGAGCACGGCUAUGUUUCCAGGCAGUUUGUGAGGAAAUACGCUUUGCCUGAAGGAUGUUUGCCUGACACAGUGCAGUCUAACCUGUCUUCUGAUGGUGUUCUAACGGUCACGGCUCCAAAAGUGCUAGCGUUGCCAUCUACCGGCGAAAGGAUAGUGCCAAUAGCUCACACGGGCCCCGUGCAGAAGCAAAUUGGAUCACAAUAGGUGCUUAAUAGUGUUUCCAAAACGUGAUUAUUUUCUAAGACUGAAUCAUUUCAAAGUGUAAAUUUAACCGCCUUUAUUUUACGUAAUAAAAUAAAUCAUUAAAACGUAUAA